AAAAAAGAAUUGAAUUUAUUUUUAUAUUGGAACUUUAAGCAAGAGAAUGUCAACAGGAAGUAAUGAAGUCAAGCAGAUUGAGGAAUGUAUUAGCGAUCACGAUGACGAACACCCACCUCACUCAAAGGUGUUAAAUAUCGUUGAGUUGAGUACAGAGCAAAAGCUUAUAAAGUUAAGGGAAGAACUUCUAGAGAUACGUGAUGAUUUAAAUAGUGGUCUAGAUGGCUUCGCAGAGUUAAAGAAAUAUAUAUGUCAAGACAUGCCAGAAGCAGAAAAUCGUGAAAAUAAAUCCUUACUCACUCAAGCCGAAAUUUCAGUUAAUUCUUCUAAUAUGACUCUUGAUAAAGAGUUCGAUUGUCAGAAAUGCAGCGGAUGGCUAACAAAUAUUAAGUGCGAGAAAAUCAAACUACCUUUUAAACACACGUACGACAAAAAUGAUGAGAAAGUCAAAAACAGUAUUUCUAAAAAUUUGCCUAGCAGUGAGAAAUUAGAUAAAUCUACAAUGUGUGGUGGUUCCACUUUUGAUACUCGUACACAUAUUGAGGAUAUUGAUAUUGGGAAGAAAUUGUCCGAAGUGAGUGUGGACGAUAAUGAGAUGUUUAAAAUGAUUGAUACUUGUAACCAUGACAUUGAAAAGGAAUUAUCCGAAUGGACUAUGGACGAUAAUGAGCUGUUUAAACCGAAGACGAGAAGUGAUGAGUUAUUCGAAGAAGAAUGUAGAUUAGCAGCUAAUAAAUUGAAUGCUCUGGCUGGUAAUCUACUAAGCGAACAAAAAUGUCAUUAUAAAUUCAAAAACGUUAUUACCCGUACAACAGACAUAUGCUGUAACCCACGCACUCCUAAAACUUCAUUUUUGAUACCGGAAACUGAAGAACUUGUUGACUUGGAUUAUCCAAAUACAAGUACUGAAGCGGCUUCGUGUCACUUAAAUGAUACAGAGUAUGAACGUUACUCUACUAAUUUGCAUUCCAAAUAUCAACCAAAUAUAUCCUCACAGUCAUUAUCUGAGUUAUCAUAUAACAAAAAUAGAGAUAAUGUAAAAUCAAAAACUAAGCAUCAUGCUGCUUCCAAACACAUGAAAGGAAAAUCAGUUCCAAACUUUGUAGGCUUAAAAAAAAAAGACAAAUCAGCUUCACAAUUUGUGAAAUUGAAGAAAACAGGUGGAUCAGUUCCUCACUUUAAGAAGCACUAUUCUUCCUCCUCGUCCUCUUCCUCAGUUUCACAUAUUUUGGAAGAAAAUAAAACAAGUAAAUCAGUUUCACGCUUUGUUGAUGAUGUGAGGAAUAAUAUAUUUGAAACUGCAUUUAAGAAGCUGUUAAAAGAAAAUGAUAUAUAUGAAGAUAUUGACAUGGAUGCUGAAUAUGUUUCUGUUUGCCAUCAUAAGCGCAAUAUUAUAAAAAUAAGUCCUGCUGGGCGCCAUGAAUCCCAUAGUUUGAGUUCACCAAGCUUAUUAAAAAAAUAUAUACUAAAAUCAUCACACACCACAGCUAAGUACUCUUAUCGUUCUAUACGCAUUCGCUCUAACAAACGAGGUCCCAUUUCUGAAAAACAUCUUUACAUCGAUGCUAACGAUGAAGCUCUUCGAAUUGAUGAUUUUUUGAUCAGGAAAAUUUAGCAGUUAAAGAACUUUGCAUGUUCAUUAAAUUGCUUUCUUUUUAAAAACUCAUGUUUCAAGAAGUCUUUGAAGAUACAUUUUGCAUUUAUUUUAUUUAC